AUGCCGUCGCUCUCUGCACUCGGUUCUCUUGCAGGCAUUAUUGCUAGUAUUCCUUCUGUUAUGGCGGGCUUUGAUCCGACCUCGCAGAGUAAUGUUGCCGUUUAUUGGGGACAAAACUCAUAUGGACAGGGCUCUGGAGCUUACGUUCAGCAACGGCUCUCAUAUUAUUGUCAAAAUUCGGAAAUCAACAUCAUUCCCCUCGCAUUCUUGAGUUCUAUCAAUACGCCAGUCCUCAACUUUGCCAACCAAGGAGAUCAAUGCACGGUAAUUUCGGGAUCUACGUUAUUUUACUGCUCGGAGCUCGAAGCCGACAUUACCACAUGCCAAGAAACAUAUGGCAAGACAAUCUUGCUUUCAGUUGGCGGGGCCACUUAUACUGAGGGUGGUUUCACAUCCACACAAGCUGCCACAACCGCUGCGAAUAAUCUAUGGUCAUGGUUUGGACCUGAUACCUCAGGUGAUAUCCGACCUUUCGGAACUGCUGUAAUCGAUGGAUUUGAUUUUGACUUUGAAAGCACGGUAUCCAAUAUGCCUGCAUUUGGAGAUCAGCUCCGCUCGUUGAUGGAUACAGAUACAAACAAAACAUGGCUUUUAUCCGCUGCUCCACAGUGUCCCUACCCUGAUGCAGCAGAUGGGCCAAUGCUUGCUGGAACAGUGUCAUUCGAUAUCGUCUGGGUGCAAUUUUACAACAACUACUGCGGAGUACAAUCAUUCGUCUCCGGUGUAUCAACACAGAAUAACUUUAAUUUCGAUACUUGGGACAACUGGGCCAAGACAGUAUCCCUAAACCCUAACGUCAAAGUCAUGCUAGGCAUACCAUCCAACACUGGAGCUGGAGCUGGUUACACUUCUGGGGCUGCUCUUGCGAGCGUCAUCGCAUACUCAAAGAGUUUCUCCAGUUUUGGCGGCGUAAUGAUGUGGGACAUGAGCCAACUUUACGCAAAUGCCGGAUUUCUCGAUGCGGUCAAUGCGGAUCUCGGAAAGCCAGCGGUAACUGUACCAGUCACAACUAGCACUAUUACUAGCACUAGUACCAGCAAAUCUUCGAUCACUUCCACUACUACUUCCGCCACAACAACGACUCCAGGCUCUACUCUCACGACCAUAACAACAACUAGCGCCAGCCCUACUUCGACUAGCGGUCCACUUGUCAAUGAGUGGAACCAAUGUGGUGGACAGGGCUGGACUGGAGCUACUAAUUGCGUCCCUGGCACGACUUGUGUCGCAUACAGCAUCUGGUAUUCACAGUGCAAUCCCAACUAG